ACGACGUCCCAAAAAUCCCUCUAAACCCUUCAAGCGUCCAUCAAAAUGCCGGGAUAGUGGAACGCAGUCAAGACAAGUCAAGUCACACUGCGCAUGCGUCGGCGCCAUCUUGGACGACAAUAUUCGGUGCGGAUGCAAGGAAAGGCUUGGAAAAGAAGUUAGCAAGAAGACGAGAUUGGUACCGCGUUUGUUGUCCUUUCGCUCCAUGUUCCGUGUGAGGGAGUACACGGAGAGUACACGGAGAGUACACGGAGAGUACACGGAGAGUACACGGAGAGUACACGGAGAGUACACGGAGAGUACACGGAGGGUACAGCGAGUACAAUUACUGCUGGGAUACAACUUCUUCUCCGCGUCACUUGAAAGCUUCUCGGGCUAGCUUAGCUGGCUAGCUGCUAACAAAGAGACGGAGAAGUUAGCCAGACGUCGCUAAACCGGACAAAGAGAGAAAGGGGAGCUAAAUGUGCGAAAGAUUAGCAGAGUGCAAGGAGGAAGUUUCUCUCAAAAAACACGAGAAGGAGCGACGACGUCGACGAUUGGAUGCUUUUUCCCGGAAGCACCAAGACGGAGCAGGCGUCCAUCAACAUCGCGAGUGGAGCUCCAGGUUGGAGCGGGAGGAGCCACAGCCCCCCUCCCUUAAAGAGGAUGAAGGGGAGCCAAAGCCCCCCCACCUUAAAGAGGAGGAGGAGCCCCACCCCCCUCACAUUAAAGAGGAAGAGGAGGAGCCACAGCCCCCCCACCUUAAAGAGGAAGAGGAGGAGCCCCGGCCCCCCCACAUUAAAGAGGAGGAGGAGGAGCACAGCAUCAGCCAGGAGGGAGAGCAUCCGGAAGGACCGGAGGAGUUCCCAGUGAUCGGUGUCAUUGUGAAGAGUGAAGAUGAUGAAGACGACGGUGAAGGUGAGGAGAAGAGAGAGGCGGAGCCUCCAACAGAAGCUGAUGGAGACCACUGUGGAGGAUCACCAGCAGACAAGCUCUUAGCUCCACUAUCAGAUAGUGAGCACACGACGUCACACUCUCCUGACACUGAUGAUGAUGAUGAUGAAGACUCUACAGCUGAUAUGACAUGUCACCCUGACAACACACGCUUGAAAUGCCACCACUGCGACAAGAGCUUCGGCAGGAAGGGGAACCUGAAAAGACACCUGAGAAGUCACGCGGGCGUCAAGGACUUCCAAUGCGGUAAAUGUGGGAAUUUGUUUGGUGACAAUUCAACUCUCCAAAGACACAUGAGAAAGCAUACAGGGGAGAAACCAUACAUGUGCUCAGUUUGUGGUAAGAGGUUCUCCCAGAAGGUACAUUUGACAGCACACUCAAGAACACACACUGUGGAGAAACCGUUUGCUUGCUCCGUUUGCUCGGUUUGUGGGAAAGGCUUCUUUCAGAAGUCCCAUUUGCAAGAACACAUACGAAUACACACCGGAGAGAAACCUUUCGCCUGCUCCGUGUGUUGCCAAGCAUUCUCCCUCAAGUCGUCUUUGAUAAGACACGUGAGAACACACACUGGAGAGAAACCCUUCGCCUGCUUGGUGUGUGGCAAAAAGUUCACUCAUCGUUCGACUUGGAUAAGACACACGCAAACGCACACAGGGGAAAAACCGCACGCCUGCUCGGUCUGCCAUAAAAGUUUUUCUCAGAAUAUAUAUUUGAUAGAGCACAAAAGAACACAUACAGGAGAGAAACCAUUUCCCUGCUCUGUCUGCCAUACACACUUUCGUGCUCGUUCAGGAUUGAGGAAACAUUUAAAAACGCACGCCGGCGCCGCUGUUCGGUGUAACGCUAAUAUCCAUCAAAGACACGCGGAAGUGAUCAACAUCGCUGACCAGAGACCGAGUGUGAGUGUAAAGUGGGAUCGUGUGAAAAUGUGUCAAGUCCAAAUGCUGAGAGCGUUGGUGAAUCAGCGACUAACUGCGGCUGUUGAAGAAAUAUUUGUAGUGUUGGAAAGAACCAUAGCAGAGUACGAGGAGGAACUUUCUCGAACAAAAGAGGAGAACGAGCGACAACGUCAACUACUGGACGCCGUUUUCAGGAAGCAGGAAGUUGUGUUGCACAGAGCAGAUGUCAGCGAUGAAGCUCUUACCCCUGAGCAGCCGGUUUGGAGCUCCACGAUGGAGUGGGAGGAGCCACAGCCCCCCCAGGUUAAAGAGGAAGAGGAGGAGCACAGCAUCAGCCAGGAGGGAGAGCAUCCGGAAGGACCGGAGGAGUUCCCAGUGAUCGGUGUCAUUGUGAAGAGUGAAGAUGAUGAAGACGACGGUGAAGGUGAGGAGAAGAGAGAGGCGGAGCCUCCAACAGAAGCUGAUGGAGACCACUGUGGAGGAUCACCAGCAGACAAGCUCUUAGCUCCACUAUCAGAUAGUGAGCACACGACGUCACACUCUCCUGACACUGAUGAUGAUGAUGAUGAAGACUCUACAGCUGAUAUGACAUGUCACCCUGACAACACACGCUUGAAAUGCCACCACUGUGACAAGAGCUUCGGCCACAAAAGGAGUCUGAGCAGACACGCCCGAUAUCACACUGGAGAAAAAGCGUUCAUGUGCUCGGUUUGCGGUAAAAGAUUCUUCAUCAAGUCGCAUAUGAUGAGCCACGCAAGGACACACACUGGAGAGAAACCUUUCACCUGCUCAGUUUGCGGGAAAGGAUUCUUUCAGAAGUCGCAUUUGAGUGAACACACAAGAGUACAUACUGGGGAGAAACCUUUUGCCUGCUCGGUUUGCCAUCAAACAUUUUCUCAAAAGUCGUCUUUGAAAGUUCACAUGAGAACGCACACUGGGGAGAAACCUUUUGCCUGCUCAGUAUGUGGUAAAAGAUUCAUGGAUCGGUCGAACUGGUUGAGGCACGCGCGAACGCACUCCGAAGAAAGACCGUAUGCCUGCUCAGUCUGUAGCAGAAGAUUCUCCCAAAAUGAAUAUUUGAUAGCGCACAAAAGAACACACACUGGAGAAAAACCGUUUCCCUGCUCCAUCUGCCAUACGUACUUUCGAGCUCGUUCAACUUUGAGUAUUCAUAUGAAAACACACGCCAGUGGCGGAGUUUAGCAGGAUAUCGAUGGUAUCGAUCCUGAGGUACCGUCCUGUGAUGUACCGUCUUAUAUGUACUUGUACUUACGUGUACUUGUGUAUUUUUUCAAUGUGUAAAGGCAGCACAUCAA